AGGCAACAUGCACGCGGUAUGCUGGGAUCAUAUUAUCCGAAGAUGCUCGACCGUUCACCAAACGUUUUAAUAGCGAGCACUCGUUUGAACAUCACGGUUUGUAGCUGCUGCAUGCGCCGUCGGAGGGAUUGAUAACGCAGACCAUCUUAAAACGAGUCUCGCUGAAUAAUCUGUCAGUGUACCGUGUCUGCAAACGCAAUAUUGGCUGGGGAGUCAUUUUGGGAACGGAGUGAACCUAUCUUCAAGCUUAAAUUGAGCUUGGAUCGAGGAUUGCACUGGCUUUCGACUAUACGGGAAGGGCUACGGAUGGACGUUGAGCCGUGAGUUAAAUAAGGCUUUUAUUUUUCUGUCGUCGAGGCUUUAUCUCUAGCCCCCACAUCCAAACAAAUUCCCCCGCACGCACCGACCGCUAUUCAUUCUCACUCUUCGCGUGCCCGGCGGGAUGCGGAUGCACGUCAAGGAGCUGUCCAAGCUGUUGUGGUGCUGAUGCGGCUCUGAGCGAACGCGAGCAUGGCUGCUGGGAAGUUGCUGCUCUACGCUGGUCUGUCUCUCUCCCUCUGCGCGCUCGGGAUGCUGGCCGUGGCUAUCUGCUCCGACCACUGGUACGAGACGGACGCCCGGAGGUAUCGUGAGAGAUGCCGGAGUUUCUCCAGUCGCCGAAAGGACCCGGGCUUUAUUUACAUCCCCAACAACAGCCUCCCUCUGCGGGCGAGCCGCUCUCGCCUGGACCACUGGGAGGAGAAGCUGCUGCUGGCGCGGAACAGACGGCAGCUCUUCGCCAUGAGCGCCGCCGACGAGUGCAGCAGGCAAUACAACUCCACCAAUAUGGGACUGUGGAGCAAAUGCCAUCGCCUUGGAUUUGAUCAGGAUAUCGAGGAUCUUAUUCGAAAAGGUUCUAUUGCAAGAUGCUCCUACAUCAAGUACCACUACUCCUCAGCCGCAAUACCCAAGAACCUCUCGUACAACAUCACCAAGACCAUUCGCCAGGAUGAGUGGCACUCUUUGCAUCUGCGGAGAAUGACCGCAGGAUUCAUGGGAAUGGCCGUGGCCAUCAUCCUGUUCGGCUGGAUCAUUGGAAUGCUGGGAUGCUGUUGGGACCGCGGGCUCAUGCAGUACGUGGCGGGACUGCUCUUCCUGAUGGGUGGCACAUUUUGCAUCAUUUCCUUGUGCACCUGCGUGGCAGGAAUCAACUUCGAGCUGUCCCGUUACCCGCGUUACAUAUACGGCCUCCCAGAUGACAUCAGUCACGGUUACGGCUGGUCGAUGUUCUGCGCUUGGGGAGGUUUGGGUCUGUCUCUCAUCGCUGGAUUCUUCUGUACACUGGCGCCCUCCGUGCAGCCGAUUCCUCGUUCCACAUGCCCCAAGUCCCGCCAGGAAAACGGGACCGUGUGUUAAGGGGCGGCCCCUGAAACCCCCAGGCCCUACAUGGA